CCAUCGUGUUACUUUGUCUAGCUUUUGUUACCUGGAUUUGCCUUCAAUGUAACCUUGCAAUUGAGCUCCAUUAGUCACUUUCGAUGAAUGGGCAGUUGCAUUUAGUGAUAAGAGUUUUUGUGGAGGUUGUUUGAUCUAAGUUUUUAAAGUGCACUUUAAUAAAAGUGUUCAAUCAUGCUGCACUUAAAUUCAAGAGUUUACAGUAAUGGAGAGACUUGGACUGAUAUGUUUUUUCUUCAGCAAUGCAUCACUUUUUACAGGAAAUGGGUUUCCUAUUCCUACACAAAAGGGGAAGAUGAACAGAAAGGAUUAUUUUAAAUGACUAAUUUUUAUGAUGUGUCAAGAGAAGACAACUCUGUGAUCAAGCAUUUUUCUGACCCUAACAUGAGGAAUUGCUCACCCCUGCUAAAUCUGAGGGAGGAUAAACAUUUCUUGCUGUGUAGACAAUGAGGCAAAGUCUUGUGCAAACGUGAAUACAUGUUGGAAUGGGAAGAAGAGGAUGGCCUUAUCGAAUUUAUUUCCUGAUAAUGUGCAUGUUCUACAUGUUAAUGGUUUUUGUUUUCCAUGGCCAACUUCAGCUGGAAAUCCUUCAGAACAAGCAAAUUAAAGGCAUUGUAAGACAUGUUCAUUCAGCCCUGCUCAAAUUUAAUGCUAGUUCUGUUGAAGCAAAUGGAUUGAGAAGGGAUUUAUCUCACUUUCAGGUCCAUAGUGAGUCAUUCUAUAGAGGACCAGCAGGGCCUCUGAGUGAUGAUUGCUUCAUUUCUCCAAAGAAUAUGGAAUACAAAUUCCAGACAGUGCUUCCCAAUGUUCUGUAUAUUUACUCAGCCUACUUGGAUGAAAGAACUAGUCAAGCUUAUGUUAGGGUUAUGGCCAUUCUUGCCAGAAAGAAAAAGGACAAGGUUGAAGUAACAUGCCAUUUUGGUGACGAAGAAGGAGCUAAUAUCAGUGCUGUUGUGUAUGAAAUGUGUGAAAACCACAACAAAAUGAUGGGUGGAUACAUCUUAUCUUUCCCAGUGGAUAGAGGGUUAAAACCAUGCCAUGUUAUAAUUAAGGCCAAGGAAUCAGGUUCAGAUGAGGUGAGGACAGUGUCUGUUAAUGUAACCAAGAUCUCUCCGAACUCCACACAGUACAGUUACGGUGUAUGUAUUCCGCCUCUCUUUGGAGAAGUAGAUAAAGGAAGGCUUGUGGAAUUCAUCGAAUUAAAUCAAUUACUUGGUGCUCAGCAUUUCAUUUUUUAUGAUUUUCACAUAUCAAAAAAUGAGACUAGAAAACUUCUUCAGUAUUACAGGGAGCGGGGUUUAGUGACUGUUAUACCAUGGGUGAUACCGGGGGAGAUUAAGGAAUCCUCGCUAUGGUACCACGGCCAGUUACUGGCCCAUAAUGACUGCAUGUUCCGAGCAAUGAGUCUCUUUAAUUUUAUGGUGCUACAAGACAUCGAUGAAUAUGUUGUGCCACACACUUCUCAUAAACUCUGGUCUGAAGCUUUGUCAGAUUUAUUCCAAGACAGAGUUGUGGGGCUUAGCUUUCACAGUGCUUUCUUUGACCCUGGGGACUCAAAAGACCUCGUGACAAUGAAACAAUUUUCAAGAACAGCCAUGUACAGUAAAGUAAGAACCAAAGUCAUGAUAAUGCCAUCAAAGAUAUUUGAAGUUGGAAUUCAUCAUGUUAGCAAACCAUUAGGGGAGGAUUUAACCAUUAAAACAGUGGAUACCAAAGUAGCCAAUCUACAUCACUAUAGAAAGUGUGUCAAAAAUUACGGCAUGAAAUGUGAUAAAUUUGAAGAUGACAAAACAAUGCUCAAAUAUUCAAGUGUGCUAAAAAAUAGAUUUAUAUAUAUUAUGAAUCUAACGUUAAUAUGAUUCCCAGAAUUACCUAGGUUAAUAAUUUAUGGUAUUAUUAUUCUCUAAAUUAUUUAUUUUUUCACUUGUAAAAUCAAUGUACAAUAACUGUAAUUAUAAAUUUGACA